AUGAGCGGUGCCCCCAUAAAUCCGACCAAAUCGAACAACUUGGCUGUGCCGAGACCACAACAUUCGUACUCGACUUCGCUAGCAUCUAAUAUAUCACCGCAGCACUUUCUCACUACCAGCAACAGCAGCAACAACAACAUAGCAAAAACAAAUUCCAGGUCAGGACUCAGCAGUGCGUAUAGGCUAUCCAGAAGCAAUACCAAUACGACCUCGGACGCGUAUCUUGCCAACCUUGAUAACCAAAGUCUUCAAAGUAUAGAUCAAAUUCCUAGUGCCAAGCCAAGUGUUACGUAUCUGGACAAGUUGUGGACACAAAUUGAUGUAUUGGAUGAUGUUAAGCGCAUGGCAGACGAAUCAAAGAUAAGAGACAGGCUAUUCAAUGAAAAAUAUACUGAACAGUUGGCAAAGUUGAAGGAACUGCAGGAUCAGCUACUACAAACAAUGUCAGCGUUGCAAAUCGAGGAUACAAAUACCAACGAGGUCCAGAAGCAGCAGUUAUAUCAGUUAAAGACGACUGAAAUAGAAGGUAGAGGCGUGAAUGCCACUGACGAUACAGCAGGUCCAUCCCGGAAUGAUAAUCAUUCGGAAUCGUCACACUUACUGGAAACGAACCAGGAUAGCGACGGGAAGGAACUGACUACAUCAAAUAAAGAGAUCGAGUUGAGUGUUAAAGAGCAAGCAAAAAUCGACAAAUUUUUUGCUGCUCAUGGUGAAGAAUACAAUUCCAAUGAUGAUGAGGAAGAUGAUUUCCAGAGUCAAACAAUUUACAAAAAGGAAGUUUUUGAUGAGAUUAAUAGAUACGUUCAGCAGGUAAAACAAGACUUGCGUGGAUUAAGUGAUGCAAUGAAGGAGUGCACUAGUAGUGGUAGUAGUAAGGAUAGAACGUGA